AUGUCACGCUCGUUUCGACGCUCGAAUCCCAUUACCAUAAUCCUUGCCGGCAUCCUCUGCAUUGGCUUCUUCGUUUUCUUCUUCUCUGGCACCGAUGUGCCGUCAAUCACCAGAAAAGGAGGGGGCGAGGUAGCCUCCAACCCACUCUCUCCACCAUCGCUACCGUUCCGCAAGUCCAAAGCGAACGCUCCACAGGCCGCGCCGCCCGUCGUGCACUACUACAUGAACAAUGUGACCAACACGCGCACGCCAAUCGAGAACGAAGAGACGGUCCUCAUCCUCACACCGCUGGCAAAGUUCUACCAGGAGUACUGGGACAACCUCCUCAAGCUCAGCUACCCACAUAACCUCAUCUCUCUGGGCUUCAUAAUACCAAAGACAAAGGAGGGCAAUGCCGCAUACGCUGCGUUGCAGGCACAAGUCACCAAGACACAGACAGGAUCCAAGAAGAACCGCUUCUCCGCCAUCACUAUCCUCCGUCAGGACACCGAGUCCCCACUCCAGUCGCAAAGCGAGUCCGAGCGUCACAAGAUGGAGAAUCAGAAGGCACGACGGGCGGCUAUGGCCAAGGCGCGCAACUCGCUCCUCUUCACAACCCUGGGCCCCACAACCUCGUGGGUUCUGUGGAUGGAUGCCGACAUCGUCGAGACCCCGCCUACCCUGAUCCAAGAUCUCGCCGACUACGACGUGCCCAUCAUUGUCCCCAACUGCUUCCAGCGAUACUACAACGAAGAAAAGAAGGCUAUGGAUAUUCGGGAAUACGAUUUCAACAACUGGAUCGACAGUCCCACAGCAAAGGAUCUUGCUUCUAAGAUGGGCAAAGAUGAUAUUCUGUUGGAAGGUUAUGCCGAGAUGGCUACCUACCGCAGCCUCAUGGCUAAGAUGCACGAUACGUCUGCGGACCCCAAGGCCAAGAUCAAGCUCGAUGGUGUAGGUGGUGCCACUCUGCUUGUCAAGGCAGAGGUACACCGAGACGGCGCCAUGUUCCCGCCCUUCGCCUUCUACCACCUCAUCGAGACUGAGGGUUUCGCCAAGAUGGCGAACCGAUUGAACUGGGAAAGUUUCGGAUUGCCAAACUACCUUGUGUACCACUACAACGAGUAA